AUGCUGAAAGUCGUUGUCCUUCUUCUUAUCCUCAGCUUCCAUGGAUCCGUUGUGUACAGUACCCCUUCCGUAUGGUCAUGUCCAUUCAUAAGUCCCAUGAUGCCAAUGGGAUUGGGACAGGUUGGAGAGGACUGUCCAACCGACUCGUUCAUCCACUACUACUCCUGCUGUGACGAUAACCCAUUCCAGUGUUGCUUCCAUUUUGAGACAUGGGCGAUAGUGAUCUUCGGAAUCGUCGGAAUCGUUGUGAUAGUGGGCAGUCUAUUUGUUGCUGGGAAACUUCUGAUGGCACCGACUUUUAAUAAGAAUCCGCAGAAUGGAAGAGUGUAA